AUGCUUGGUAAGCACAGGAAGAGACGAAUAAACCCGCCCGUUUAUCCAGUUCAUCCGAACGAAGAAAAAAAAAAAAAUCUUAAUAAUUUCAUAACUUACAAAGAUUUGAAAAUAAGAUGGAGGAAUACGUCUAAAAAUUAUCGAAAGAAAGUAACCAUAGCAAGGAAAUGGAAAAAUUUACAUUGUAUUAUGCCUAUGAAUGUAAACUCAUGCAUAUUCGUUUUACAUAAAAAUUUGCCACGUACUAGAUAUACACAAAUAAAAAAAGAAUAUUGUCAGAAAGAGGAAUGGUCAAAUUCGGUACCAUGUACAAAUGAAUAUGUCGAAGUGAAUGGUUAUAGACAGAAAAAGGAGUACAACCUAUGUUUGAAUAAGAAUGAUGGAAAAUGUGCGGAGGUAGUAGAGGUGAUAAAUAAUGAGGUAGGAACAACUAGUAUUUUUCAACAAGACGACUACAACAGAAGCAGUUGUAGUAAUAGGCAAAAUAAUGGAGUAAGAAGAGGAAGAAGGAAGGGGAAACAUGCCAUUCGAGGAAGACAUAUUGCGUUAAAUGAAAUAACACAAUAUGAAUGCGAAAGGGAAGAAGAUGAUAAUGAACUAAAUUAUUAUGAAAAACCUCCGAAAGAACUAGAGCACAUUAUUAGUCGAGAUAAGAAAGAUUUAUUUUGUAUCUUCAAAUCAAAUUUUAUAAAUGAACACAAAGUAACAGUAGGAGAUAUUGUUCAAACAGAAAAGAUGCAUAGAAGGAAGGCAGGUGAUGUUGUAUAUUUUGGUACGGUUCUCUUUGUGGGAUCUAAAAAUUUUUCAAUCAUUGGUAAACCAACAGUACCAUACUGUAAAGUAAAAGCUACAAUAGAACAGAUAACUCUCAGUAAAGAAAUUUUAAGUUUUCGUUAUAAGAAAGUAAGAAGAUCUAGUAGAUUUUUACGAAUAAGACAUUGGAUAACACUUUUAAAAAUUGAUGAAAUAAUUAUUAACACAUCAGGUAAAAUAAAAGAUGAAAGAAUUAAACCUUUACAAAUACUUGAUUUAUGGUCUAAUAGAUGGUUAUAUCAAAAAGAAUUGAAUUUUAUUAAAUUUGAUGAAAAUAAUAAUCCAUUGGCAGAACAAAUCUACAACUUAGUUGAACAUCAACCCAAUACUUUGCACAGGCGAGGACUCACUGACUGCUAUCGGUUUUAUCCUGAUCCGCACGUUCCUCACUCGUACUGA